CAAUGCGCAUGCGCUGUGAAAGGAAACCCAUUUGAAUCAGACAAGCACAGCAGCGGCAGUUCCAGAUUGUAUUCAGCCGUGUUUUUUUGUAUUAGCGUCUUAAAACCGACUUCAUAUACUUCAAUGGCGGAUCCACGAGUGCGACAAAUUAAAAUUAAAACCGGCGUAGUUAAACGAUUAGCAAAAGAAAAGGUGAUGUAUGUAAAAGAGACCCAGCAGCAAGCAGAAAAGGUUGAGAAAAUGAAAGCUGAAGCUGGUGAUGAAUACGUGAUUAAGAAACAGAUUGAAGUCUUGCAGGAGUCCGAGAUGAUGAUCCCUGAUUGCGAGCGCCGCUUGGGAGUAGCAUGCAGAGACCUUGCACAGUUAUUAGAAAAUGAAGCAGACUUGGCAGAGUUGGAGGAGUUCAAAGAAGCACAAGCCAUGCUGGAUUCUGUCAAGCUGGAAGGAUAAUUAUUGACUGAUUGCUUUAUGUACCUGCACUAGAGUCUGUUCUAUAAAGUUGGACCACAUUUAGGAAUAGUUGUGCCUAGACAACAAAGAUUUGAUCCUGAUCGCAGAUUUGAUUUGUGUUUUUUUUUUUUUUUUUUUUUUUUUUUUUUUUUUUUGAAGGAUAGUCCUAGACUUUUUGUCCUAUACAAGCCUGCAAUUAAAGUGGUGCUCUUGUACAUGGAGCGCUAUUAAAAUAUCAAUAAAUUGUUUUAUGAUUUUAUCAUCUUUUGUGUUAUAAAAUGAAUAUAUGAAUACACACAUUGAUGAUUUUAUUUUUUAUCCAGUUUAGAGAAGUUAGUUGCAUACUACAAUUUAAGCUGGGUAGAGUGUAUGAACUCUAAAUGGUUGUGUAACUAUUUAAAGGUAACUGGAGACUCAGUGAGGUUUUUAUUAAACUAGGACAAGGUUUUGCUUGACCCCUGUAUAUAUGCAUGUACACAUGUGAUCUGAAACUUGCACAGUGUGUGUGUGUUUAAUUUAAACCUAAGACCAGAGCAGUGUUCUAAGAUAACAAAUUGCUUCCUUAUCUGGUAUUUGAAAUUAAUUAUGAAAAAUGGGAAGAGCUCAUUCUACCACUGGCAACAAAUGACAUGUCAUGUAAUGCCUAAUGUAUGUUUAAAAAAUGCUAUACUGUAGUCAAAAGGUUGACUAUGGAGUUUCGAGUGUACUACCAUUUAUGCUCAGUGUCACUUGUAGAAAAGUGCUUUGCCAGCAUGGGAAAGACCCUGUUUUCAGUAUUUAAUGAAAUCCAUUGAGGUAACACAAAACCAGUGUCUUGAUUGAUAUAAUGUCCCCAAAAUUGCGUUUUCUUGGCUUAGUUACCACACAUUUCUAUUCUCUGUAUUUUAAGUGUGUGUUGAAGUCCUCAUUUCAGUGGUGUUGUUUCGGUGAAGUGUGUGUCAGUAGCAAUACGCCCAGGAGGGCACAUCUGUCUGACAGGAACGCCAGGAAUUGGAUAUAUUUCUGUGGAAAAUGUAUAAAUUGCAUACCACAUUUGCCCUAUAAAUUGUUAUUGGUUUUAUAUAUUUUUUUUUCUUCAAAAAUAACUUUUUUUUUAAUAUAAUCUGGAUUUUGCAGGCCUGCCCAUCUCGUUAAAGCACGGAAGAGGUUUCUAUAUAAAACAUUUUUAAAUCUAUAGGACAAAAAAAGUUUAGUUACUAUUUUCUCACAAUUAUGUUUAAAC